UCCUAUUCCUCUCUCUCUCUCUCUCUGUCUGUGUGAGAUGGGUGGUUUAAUGGUUGCAACAAGAUCGGUGUUAAUGGUGACGGGGAGAGUCACUAACGACGUGGUGAGUUUCAUUGUCUUCACCUUGCUGGACCUCCUCGACGUCCUCCUUUGUGUUCUUUACAAGCUCACCGAUCUCUUGAUCGAAGCAGAAUGGAAGCCUUGCUAUUGCUCUUCGGCCAAAGAAGCAAUCACGAGCAGCGGCAAGAUCUUAGUGUCUGAGCAGGGGGAGUCCAAAAUCGUGUGCCUUAGUUCAAGUAAGUUGCAGUGGGAGGAUCUCUCCGAUACCCUCUACUCCCGUCCUUCUUUGGUUUCGGAUCUCUCGAAAUCAACUGUGAAGGAACUAAAACGCCUCAAGAUUGAAGCCACCACAACGAUCCGAACUCGCGAGAGGAGCAACAAGAAUGGAACCCUGAGAUCAACAUUCACCAUCAACUCCACCAUUGUUGAGAUGCUACAAGGCAAAAUCGGUGGUCAGCGAUCCCAUCCCAUUCCAAGAUGGUCUGACUGUGACUGUAUUACCUGCACUUCUUGGAGUUCCUCUUCCUCCUGCAAAGAGACCCUUUUCGUCCGAGCCGAAGGCCCUAAAGAAAUGGCAGACAAGAGUGAUACAGGAGAAGAUGUGCUAUUCAUUCAUGGAUUCAUCUCAUCCUCAAAAUUUUGGACGGAGACAGUAUUUCCAAACUUUUCGAGGGAGGCGAAAUCGAAAUACAGGUUAAUCGCUGUGGAUCUGCUUGGGUUCGGGAGAAGUCCAAAGCCAACGGACUCUCUCUACACGCUAAGGGAGCACGUAGAAAUGAUCCAACGAUCAGUGCUGGAGCCUUACAAGGUGAAGUCCUUCCACAUAGUAGCCCACUCCUUAGGCUGCAUUCUCGCACUUGCCCUUGCCGUCAACCAUCCCGGUGCUGUCAAGUCCCUAACCUUACUAGCACCCCCAUACUUCCCAGUGCCUAAGGGCGAAGCGGCAACACAAUACGUGCUGCGAAAGGUGGCACCAAGGCGAGUGUGGCCGCCAAUAGCUUUUGGUGCAUCCAUUGCUUGCUGGUACGAACAUAUCAGUCGGACGAUUUGCCUGCUUAUCUGCAAGAACCACCGCUUGUGGGAAUUUCUCACCAAACUUGUCACCCGAAACAGGAUAAGGACGUAUAUGAUGGAGGGGUUCUUUUGUCACACACACAACGCUGCAUGGCAUACCCUACACAACAUCAUCUGUGGGAGUGCCGGAAAAGUGAAUGAGUAUUUGGAUGCCGUCCGGGAAAGGCUGGACUGCGAAGUGACCAUAUUCCAUGGAAGCGACGAUGAACUUCUCCCAGUGGACUGUAGCUACGCAGUUCAAACUAAAAUACCAAGAGCUCGUGUUAAGGUGAUCGAGAAGAAAGAUCACAUCACCAUCGUUGUGGGAAGACAGAAAGCUUUUGCCAGGGAACUUGAGGAGAUCUGGAAGAAGAAAUCCAGUCGUGGUUGAUU